GAGAAUUGUUGCAUAAUGCAAUGCAGCCUCAUUCCUUGCCAAGCAACAUCCCAGGAUGUUGAAGAGCCUGCACUCGCUGAUCAGUGGCGUGCUGUAGGAGCCGUUGUUGAAGGGAGGUAUCGCCAACGGUCAUUUGGACGAAAUGCUUGUCGCCUCCUGUCGCUUAAGCUUUGCACUCAACCGCGCAGCAUCCUGGCACAGACCACCAGACUUCCCCGACAAGCAAGAUUCCUGUGAAGCAUUGUGCUUGUAUGUCUCAACUAUGUUGAAGUCCGAGAUAACCAUCCAGACUUGGUGUGUCCUUGAACACCAACACCAACACCACAGGCAAAGGUUUUCCCUCCUCAUCUGCAGUUUGUACAACUCAGGUCGGGUCGGUACACUGUUCGAAGACCGUUCGGCAGUAGAACCUGUCUGCUCACAUGGGAAGCGUUCAUGCAGGAAACGCUUAGAGCAUGUCUGCUUAGGUUCGCUUAGACAUAGCCUCAAGUAUGGCUCUAGGUACGAGUUGCUCGUCUCGUGUGCGUGCCGAGCUGUACUCUCCGUAGACGAUGCCGAUCAUUUCGAGGACCCCUUGAGUGCUCCUCGGCAGCGGCCGAGGCAUAUGAUCGUUAAUGGGAACGACAUGUCUGCAGCUUCUCGACAAGACAAUUUUCCGUAGCCGAAUGCAUCUUUCUAGCGCACAUGUUGGCUCGACAAGCUUGCUAUCGAAAUUGGAUCUUGCUUGAGCCACUUUGGCUUGUCGUUGUGUCGUCUUGUCCUUCCAUUGGUUAGGUUCAUCGUCCAACGUCCGUCUGACUGGUCACAACAUCUGUAUGUCGAUUGAUGAUCGA